AUGCUUGUGAAACAGAGACUGCAAGCAUUCCUCCCCAGACUUCUACUCCAGAUAAAAUCAUUGCCAAAUACCAGCUGUAAUGCUCCAGUUGACAUUGGGUUCAAGUUCCAAGUAUUGACACAGGACAAACAAUUAAUCUUUGACUCUGGUUUUGAAGACUAUAAUGAAGAGAUCAUCCAGAAGUUCUUAGAUGCACAGACCACUGUGGACACCUACAUUAAUGCAGACUUUUUGCAGGCACUUGAGGAGAACUUCUUUAAUGUGACCUCUGCUAAAGUUAAGGUUCUAUUGGUAUUUUCAGAUGGGCUGGAUGGUUCGCUGGAAGACCUGAAGAAAGCAGCAGACUCACUUCGCUUUAAAGGUCUUGAUGCACUUCUCUUGGUUGGUCUGGACAGUACACAGAACUUGACUGAAUUUUGGGAAAUAGAGUUUGGCAGAGGGUUUGGAUACAAUGAGCCUCUGAGUGUUGGGUUUGCAGAUAUUGCAAACAUCUUGCAGAGAAACCUUAAAGAAAAUGUUGUAAAGUUAUUUGUAAGUGUCUUGGAGAAAAUGGUGAUCAUGGUGUCCGGGGAAAUCCUGGGAGGAAGGGAAGUACAGGUUACAGAGGAUCUCCUGGCCAUCCUGGUGAGGAAGGUGGGAUUGGGGAGAGAGGCCCAGCUGGUUUCAGUGGGACUCAAGGAGACAGGGGGUGUCCAGGUGUCAGAGGCCAUAAGGCAAGGUGCCAGAGGCUAUAGAGGAAGUCAGGGUGAACAUGGUGAGAGUGGAUUUGAUGGCACUGAUGGAGAGCAGGGAGAACGUGGACUUCCUGGACCUUCUGGAGAGAAAGGCAGCAGAGGAAAAUGGGGCAGAAAAGGCCCCAGAGGAGAACCAGGUGAUCGAGGACAGUCUGGUCUAAGAGGAGAUCAUGGAGAUCCUGGGGCUAACAAUAAUGUUACUGGUCCUAAGGGUGAAAAGGGAAACCUAGCAUCACAGGGAGACCCAGGCCCACAAGGACUCCAAGGAGAGCAGGGUGAUGCCGGCCUAGAUGGUGCAGCAGGUCGAAGAGGCCCUCCAGGUAUAAAGGGUGAGCAAGGAGAUCUGGGAGAAACAGGUUACUCAGGAGAAGCUGGUCUUCCAGGCCCACAGGGCCCAAGAGGACCACAAGGACUCAGAGGACCUCCAGGACCACAAGGCGUACCAGGUCCUCUGGGUGGUCUGGGGAUGCCUGGUUCACCUGGCUCUGUUGGAAAGCUAGGUGCAAGAGGACCAAAGGGGGAACCUGGUGACCCUGGAGAGAAGGGCUUAGCUGGACCACCUGGACAGAGAGGCAUUCCUGGCAUGGAUGGCAGAGAUGCCUAUGGUCCUGAAGGAAACAAAGGAGCAAAGGGAGAAUCUGGAUUCAUAGGAUAUCCUGGUCCAGAGGGAGAAGAAGGAGAUCAGGGCAUUCCAGGAGCUGAAGGACCCAAAGGAAUUAGGGGUAGAAGAGGUAAUUCUGGCACACCAGGUUCCUCAGGAGAUCCAGGCGACCAAGGGCCAUCAGGACCUAUGGGUGCCAAGGGGCCAAUGGGCACCAUUUUAAUGGAACCUUGUGAACUUGUGAAUUUUACCCGAAAAAACUGCCCAUGCUCAUCAGACACAUGUCCAGCUUAUCCAACUGAAGUGGUUUUUGCCUUGGAUAUGUCUGAUGAUGUUACACCAGCUGCAUUUGAAAGAAUGAGGAAUAUUGUUAUG